AUGGGGAACAUCUCCUUUUGGGAUGAUCUGAACAGCUCCUGCAGCAACACAGGCAACAGCUGCUACCUAGAAAACAGCAUGAGGUUCAACUUCACCCUCCAAGAGCAGGCACCUGAUUUCUACGUUGUCCUGCCUGUGAUCUACUCUGUGAUCUGUGCUGUGGGGCUCACAGGCAACACUGCUGUCAUCUAUGUGAUCCUCAAGGCCCCCAAGAUGAAGACUGUGACCAACAUGUUCAUCCUGAACCUCGCUAUCGCUGAUGACUUGUUCACCCUUGUCUUGCCCAUCAAUAUUGUGGAGCACCUCCUCCGCUACUGGCCCUUCGGAGAAGUCCUUUGCAAGGUCAUCUUGUCCAUAGAUCACUACAACAUCUUCUCCAGCAUUUAUUUCCUGACAGUGAUGAGCAUAGACAGGUACCUGGUGGUGCUGGCUACAGUCAGGUCCAAGAGGAUGCCCCACCGCACGUACCGAGCGGCCAGGAUUAUCAGCCUGUGCAUCUGGAUCCUGGUCACCAUCAUAGUCCUCCCUUUCAUCAUCUUUGCCAAUGUCUACACUGACGACCUGGAGAUCAAGAGUUGUGGUCUCAAUUUCCCCAAGCCUGAGAGGUUUUGGUUCAAAGCCAGCAGGAUCUACACCCUCAUCCUUGGCUUUGCCAUUCCAGUAUCCACCAUCUGCAUCCUCUACACCAUGAUGCUCUACAAGCUGAGGAACAUGCACUUGAACUCCAAUGCCAGAGCCCUGGACAAAGCCAAGAAGAAAGUCACCAUUAUGGUCUUCAUAGUUCUGGCUGUGUUCCUCUUCUGUUGGACCCCCUUCCACUUGGCCACCAUCGUGGCUUUGACCACUGACUUACCCCAGACUUCCAUGGUCAUUGGGAUAUCCUACUUCAUCACCAGCCUAAGCUAUGCCAAUUCAUGCUUGAAUCCUUUCUUGUACGCUUUCCUGGAUGACAGCUUCCGGAAAAGUUUCCGGAAGUUGCUGGAAUGCAGAACUUCUUGAACAGGGGGUUGGGGCUGGCAGGUCCCUGCCCUUCCAGGGCUUUUCAGGGGCAACUUUGCAGAGUGAAGGGGCAGCCAGUGAAUGCACAAUGUCCUUUCUUUCGUUUACACGUAAUGUCUGGUCUGUUUGUAAUCCUUAUCAGCAACAGGCUUUGUCCUGCCCACUUGCAACUCCUGUAUUUCCCCUCUUUGCUCCUACCAGCUCCUCAGAGUUGCAUUUCUAUACACCAAUUUUUAAUUUCACCCUCUGAAUUAUUAAGGACAGAACAUUUACUUUUCAGGGGUGUAUUUCUGCCACAGAGUGGUCCUUUAUUGCCAUCUGCUGUACAGCACAGACAGGCUGGAGACCAAUUUCCAGAUAAGUGCGGUGCUCAGUUCUUUGUCACUGUGUUAUUAGGGAGGAUUGUUUAAUAGAGCAGAGCUAAUGAGCACUUUCAAUGAAACAUCAAUAAAGCAGAGGAUGAGUAUUUGGAAUAGAAAAGAAACUAUUUUCAUGUUAAUGUAUGUUCCUGUAUGUUAUGGCUUUCUUUUGAUUUUGAUAGAUGUCCACCUUCCACCCCACCACAAAUUUCCUCUUUUCUGACUUGUUAAAUUUAGACCAAAAGGAAGAUUUGAGUCUCAAAAAUAGUGCUAAACAGCACACCAUACAAAUACUAUGA